AUGCCACGGGCUUCGGAAGAUAUGCCUGGCACCGUUGCCGGCCUCGCUAGCUGGGUUACGGGCUUUACGAGAAGCGAGAUAAGUUGUGAUUCAACAAAAGCCCUGGCUUUCGAGGGAAUUUCGGCGCUACGCUCGUCCGGCAUGCCUGCUCUCCAUGACCGACAAGAUGGGAUACUGCUUUCAGUCAAUCGUCCCUGCCACCUGAAUCCUUCCCCUCCGGAUAGAAUGCGCCAUAAUCUCCAGGCGCCCUAUGAGCCUUCUGGAUCUCAUGGAUCUACUCUGGCGCAGACUCGAGGAGGGCUUCAAAUCCCGGCGGUCCCUCGCCAUUCUCCUGAUUCACGUGACUGGACACAAGAUGGGAUGUGUCCGGUGCGAGCCGGGGUUGGUGGCUUCUCGGGACCCGCAUGCCGGAAUACCCCUGGAUGCAGGUCUUCCCCGGCAGAGACAUUCCCCAGGCGAAGUGCGACAUCCAGCUCCGCAACGGUUUCCUUGCGCCUUGUCUCUGGCGCCUUGGCCCCGGGCGGCUCUAAAUUCGCCGUUGAGAACGAAGAUGACAGUGACGCCGAGGCAGAGGCAGGAUGCACCAAUAGACAGGAUUCGGCGACGUGCACCUCAGGUGCCAGCCCGCGCGUGCUGAAGAAGGAAUCCGUUUGUGACUGGCCUCUGAAGUCCGCAGGAAAGUCAAGCGGGCGAGAGGUGUCCACCGGUUGUCUGCCGGCGCCGUUUUCUUCCGCCUCAGUCGAUUUGGCGUCUCGCGCGAUCAUUAAUCUGUACACCGCAGCCGCGAAAGAGUCUACGGUGACGGCGGGAGCGCCGACUCUUGAGGCAAUGGACUGCCGCAGGGAGCAUGGUCACAUGAAUCUCUUUAUGUGGCUAGAGCGGAGGAAGCUGAAGCCGACGCUUGUCCGGUCACAAGCGUACGACGCCUUCAGGAUGUGGUGUUGUAGUGGGAAUUCAUCAUCCUGCGCGUGUGCGCAUCAGGCGUCUGUGGGCGCAGAAUCUCCCCUGAGCUCAAGUCAACGUGUACAGCUGUUGUCGCCGGAAAUAUUGCCUCCCCUCGUGAAAGCAUCUUUUGACACCGUUGGAGCGAGGAGGAUCCGUGCUGGAUGCCCGCACCAGUGGACAUGGAAAGGCGAUAACGUUAUCAUGGCGCUGCCGCCCGCGAGCGUCCUCGCCUCGCGUGGCAUGCAGCCGGCUCUCAGCGAGCAGAGCCGCCCACUGUGGCGCCGAGCCAGUACUGACGACGGCCGACUCCAAGGCUGGACGGAGGAGCAGCUGGAAGUGCGCGUGGCCGUGCGACAGCGCCAGCCUCGGGCGUCGGGCCUGCGAGGGUUUGUGCGGCGCAUGUCGAAGAAAGUCACCUUUUCUUUGGACACGCCUGAGAAAGUUCGUUCUCGAGACGGAGAAGAUGGGGGCAACAGACAGUGGAUUUCCGGAUUCGUGCCGUCUCCGGUCUCGGAAACGCAUGCAACAGGCGGCCAUUUGGGAGGGAAUGGUCACGCGCUGCGGACAGCAAACGACUCGUGGAGAGAAGAGGGAAGGCUCUCACGACAGUCGUCCUCAGGAGGGGAGGAAAGUAGCCGACGCUCGUCACGAAGCAUGUCUAGAACUAGCGACACCAGUCAAGAUGGGACGCCUUCGUCAGUCACCCGCCGAGGCCGGAGCGGGGGUUUGUCCCGGCGGAGGCGCGGCCUCUCGCCGCUUCCUCUUCUAUUGGAUCUGCUCGGAGAAGAUGAGCCUUUUUUGUCCCAAGUCGUUUUGGAGCCUCAACUUGACCAAAACGACGGGAACUAUUCGGCGCACGCCGUCCCUCGGGCGGUUAUAGGAGCGGCAGGCUCAGGCUGGGGGGACAGUGCGUUGCUGCCAUCGGGUCCAGGAGUUCCUGGCGGGACUUCGAGAGGUCUGUAUCACCCGCUUGAUAGACCCGAGACGCUUUUUCCACAGGCUCGUGCGCGGCAUUUGAGACGCCAGUUUUUUCGUCACAGGUCAGCGCCUGGUGGAAGCCCGAUAUCGUGGGCCACAUUGAACGGAGAGCUAUCGAAAUACCCUAGUUUAUUGGUGUCGCCUCCUGUGUCGACUCCGCUUGCUCCAGCAGGUGUGUCGACUGCCCCUACAUCUUGUUCCAGCAGUGUGAGCAGCCGGGGCAACCCAGAGAGCACACUCUCUGGGAGCGAAUCUGUUUCGAAGCAAGAGGAUUCGGUGCCCUGUCCCGACAGGGGAAAAGGGAAGAAAUGGUCUGCGGUCUGUAAGCUGCGAACAACGGCACCUCCGGCGAAAGGCCAAGUCAAAAACCGUCCUAGUCGACUCUCAAGGUUCCUCUCACAUUGGAAGCUGUCUCCGGUGACCACCUUGAAUGCCACAGAGCGGGAGCCACCACCCCCAGCUGUUUGCUGUCAAUACACUCUGUCAGAGAUCGAUCAAGCAGGUCGGCAGGUCAUGGAGCUCCCCGAUGGCCUGUGUGGCAGCCAAAUAGCUGAGAGUGGUUGUGUGGCACCAGGUGUUGGCCGCGCCCCGCAGUUUCAGCUUGCUGGUUCGUCGGCGGAGCGUGAAGUCGAGACAGAGAGAGAACGGCGACGAUUCUCUGAAGAAGCACGUACAGCGCCGAGAACCCGUGAAGGAACGGAGAGUCCAGUGUUUUCUCGCACGCCACGUAAAGGAGUGGACACCGAGACGAUUGACGAUACACGGCCCCCGCUGGCGUGGAGCGGGGCUGUCUAG